CCUUUUUCUUUCUUUCUCUCUCUUCCUUUCCUCUUUCUCAUUCUUUUCCUUCCCUCCCUCUUUUCUUUCUUUCCUUCCUUUCUUCCUUACUCUUUUUCUCCUCCUGUCUUACUAUAAUUUUAAAUAUCUGUCCUAAAUGAAAAUAUUUUUGUUCAUAGGAAAUAACUUACCAGUAGUUCUUUAUACAACAUCAUUCUUAAAAUAUACACUUUUAAAUGUUAAUUAAUAGAAUUUAAUUGAGGAGUAUGACAGCAACAUUAAAAAGGUCCAAGUUUUAAAAAUGAUUUCAUUCAUUUUUUGGGUUAAUUUUUGUCUGGCAACACUUGAACACUAAUUUCUAGUAAUAGAAUAUCUGUUUGCUGACCAUAAACCAAGACACAUAAUCUGUAACUGUGAGUUCAAUUAUGGUGCAUUGGGGGUUUUUGUCAAAAUAAUUGUUCCUAGAAUGUAGAACAAAUACUUUUGUUUCCUCUUUCCUUAUUUCAUCUAAAACAAUUUUCUACCUGUCUACUAAGGCUAAAUUGGUAGCAAUAUAUCUCUUGCCAAAAAAAAAAAUAGAACAUAUAUAAAACCAAGGUAAAGAGCAAAACCAUGUUUAAUUUUGAACAAGUUACUAUAAGAUACCUGAGGAACAUUUAGACUGAAAUAUCAGUAGGACUUUAAUUUCAAAAAAGUAGUUUGGGUUUCGGUAUCUUUCGGAUAUUAUUCAACGAGUUCAAAAUAUGACUUGAGUUUCCUCAUGAAAUUCUAAGUAUUUUCCAGAUCCAAAGCAAAUGUCACCUCCCUUUUCUCCCCAACAGUAGUGUUUGUAGUUCCCUUUUCUGCUUUAAUAGCACAUUUUAUUCUUGAUUCUGUCUCAUUGUUUUUUUCCUGUUUUCACUAUUUUAUAGACUUCUUAAUGCUUUUUUUGUGGUAAAUAUAUUGCAUUUGCAUAAGAUCUGAAACACAGCAGGCACUUAUAAAAUAUAUUCGUUGAAUAAUAACAAAAUUAUUAGAUUAUAUCUGCAGCUUCCUCUGAAAAACAAUAAAGAUUCUUGGAUCCAAGUGGUGUAGUAUUUCAGGUGAGCAGAAAUGUACAAAUCAGAGAAAGGGGGGGAAUCCAGUCUAUAUUUGCAUAUUAAUAUACUUGACUUUAUCCUUUUAAUCAUUACCACAAGUGGAAAGUUUCAGCCCAUGCCAAUGAUAAAUGGACACAGAAACUGUUUGGUUUAGAAUUCAGCAGCUCUUUCAAAGAAAUGAAAACACUCCCGUGAAGGUAUGUGAGACUGCAUCCCUUAGUAGAUCUUUUGGGAUUAAGAUCAGAAUUAUAGUAAAAAUAGGCAAAGACUUCCUUAAGUAUAUGAGACUCUAUCCAAAGCAGAAGGUUCUGAUCAAGACUGGAAGUGCAAUAAAAGCAAUGAAGAUAAGUAUCAGAUAUGAAUGCUCUUCUGCAAUGGUUUGAUUGUAAAUUUAUUAAUGAUACAAAGUAUUAAAAACUUGGAUUUUUUGUCUCUGGAAAUGGCCACCGAAUUGGACAAAAUCUUUCUGAUUCUGGAAAUAGCGGAAUUCAUCAUCGGCAUGCUGGGGAAUGUGUUCAUUGGACUGGUAAACUGCUCUGAAGGGAUCAAGAACCAAAAGGUCUUCUCAGCUGAUUUCAUCCUCACCUGCUUGGCUAUCUCCACAAUUGGACAACUGUUUGUGAUACUGUUUGAUUCAUUUCUAGUGGGACUUGCUUCACAUUUAUAUACCACAUAUAGACUAGGAAAACCUGUUAUUAUGCUUUGGCACAUGACUAAUCACUUGACAACCUGGCUUGCCACCUGCCUAAGCAUUUUCUAUUUCUUUAAGAUAGCCCACUUCCCCCACUCCCUUUUCCUCUGGCUGAGGUGGAGGAUGAACGGAAUGAUUGUUAUGCUUCUUAUAUUGUCUUUGUUCUUACUGAUUUUUAACAGUUUAGUGCUAGAAAUAUUUAUUGAUAUCUCACUCAAUAUAAUAGAUAAAAGUAAUCUGACUUUAUAUUUAGAUGAAAGUAAAACUGUCUAUGAUAAACUCUCUAUUUUAAAAACUCUUCUUAGCUUGACCAGUUUUAUCCCCUUUUCUCUGUCCCUGACCUCCUUGCUUUUUUUAUUUCUGUCCUUGGUGAGACAUACUAGAAAUUUGAAGCUCAGUUCCUUGGGCUCUAGAGACUCCAGCACAGAGGCCCAUAGGAGGGCCAUGAAAAUGGUGAUGUCUUUCCUUUUCCUCUUCAUAGUUCAUUUUUUUUCCUUACAAGUGGCCAAUUGGAUAUUUUUUAUGUUGUGGAACAACAAGUACAUAAAGUUUGCCAUGUUAGCCUUAAAUGCCUUUCCCUCGUGCCACUCAUUUAUUCUCAUUCUGGGAAACAGCAAGCUGCGACAGACAGCUGUGAGGCUACUGUGGCAUCUUAGGAACUAUACAAAAACACCAAACCCUUUACCUUUGUAG